CAGAACCUUCUGCAAAGUCCUUAAUUCCCUAAAGCCCUUGAACCCUACUAAAACCCUUGAACCCCAUUUUCACUUCUUCCUCUUUCUAUCCAAACUUUCAUUUCAACAACUCUGUCACUCAUCUGAAAAUUUGAAAUUCGUUGAUUUUCCCAGUGAAAAAUGCACCGUAUUUCACGACGAUCAGUCGCUACUAUCCUCCGUCACGGUGGUUUCCGUCAUCGGAAUGCCGUCGCAGCUUCUUCAACUUCUCCUCUAAUUAUUUCUGAUAAUGAGGUGAAAUCGGAACGUAGAGUGUACUCGUCGUUGGUUUCGAGUAUAUUCGAUGCUCCUGGCUCGCAUUUUAGUGGCAUAGGCCGUCGCUAUGAGUCCACGGCUGCAGCCUCUGACUCGUCUGCUGCUGGUGGUGCUCCUGCUGAGAAAUACGAGUAUCAGGCGGAGGUUAGCAGACUCAUGGAUCUUAUUGUUAAUAGCCUUUACAGUAACAAAGAGAUUUUUUUGAGAGAGCUGAUCAGCAAUGCAAGUGAUGCUCUAGACAAGCUUCGGUUUCUUAGUGUUACUCAACCAGAGUUAUCAAAGGACGUUGCGGAGCUUGAUAUUCGUGUCCAAGCUGACAAAGAUAAUGGGAUCAUCACAAUAACUGAUACUGGAAUUGGCAUGACACGCGAAGAACUUGUAGAUUGUCUUGGAACUAUUGCACAAAGUGGAACAGCUAAAUUUCUUAAGGCAUUGAAGGAUAGUAAAGAAUCUGGAGCAGACAACAAUCUUAUCGGUCAAUUUGGAGUUGGGUUUUAUUCAGCAUUUUUAGUGUCUGAUAAGGUGGUUGUUGCAACAAAGAGUCCCAAGUCUGACAAACAGUAUGUGUGGGAGGGGGAAGCUAAUGCCAGUACCUAUAUGAUUAGAGAGGAGACAGAUCCAGAGAAGCUGUUACCUAGAGGAACCCGCAUUACACUUUAUCUGAAGGGUGAUGCCAAAAAUUUUGCUCAUCCAGAGAGAAUCCAGAAACUUCUUAAGAAUUACUCACAAUUUGUUUCCUUUCCGAUAUACACAUGGGAAGAGAAGGGAACUGUAAAGGAGGUUGAAGUGGAUGAGGAUCCUGCUGAAGCUAAUAAAGAUGGUGUAGAAGAGCAAACUGAGAAGAAGAAGAAGACCAAAAAGGUGGUUGAGAAACACUGGGAUUGGGAGCUCAUGAACGAGACUCAACCAAUAUGGCUCCGGAAUCCAAAGGAAGUUACUACUGAAGAGUACAAUGAGUUUUACCGAAAGACCUUUGACGACUAUUUAGAUCCUCUAGCAUCAUCGCACUUCACAACAGAGGGUGAAGUCGAAUUCAGAUCUGUCUUGUAUGUUCCAUCAGUAUCGCCUCAUGGAAAUGAUGAUUUAAUUAAUAGUAAGACCAAAAAUAUAAAGCUCUAUGUCAAAAGAGUCUUCAUUUCAGAUGACUUUGAUGGAGAAUUGUUUCCUAGAUAUAUGAGCUUUAUAAAAGGUGUUGUGGAUUCAAGUGACCUUCCUCUUAACGUCUCUCGUGAGAUUCUCCAAGAAAGCCGAAUUGUGAGAAUUAUGCGGAAACGAUUGCUUAAGAAGGCCUUUGACAUGAUCCUUGGCAUAUCAAUGAGUGAGAACAAAGAUGAUUAUGAGAAGUUCUGGGAGAACUUUGGCAAACACCUGAAAUUGGGUUGCAUCGAAGAUCGUGAUAAUCACAAACGUAUUGCACCUCUGCUACGAUUCUUCUCAUCUCAAAGUGAACAAGAGAUGAUAAGCUUAGAUGAAUAUGUAGAAAACAUGAAACCUGACCAGAAGGAUAUCUAUUACAUUGCUUCUGACAGUGUAACUAGUGCCAAAGAUACACCUUUCCUUGAAAAGCUUUUGGAGAAGGAUCUCGAGGUACUCUUCUUAGUUGAACCCAUUGAUGAGGUUGCCAUUCAGAAUUUAAAGGCAUACAAGGAGAAGAACUUUGUGGACAUCAGCAAGGAAGGCUUAGACUUAGGAGGGGAAAAUGCGGAGAAAGAAACAGAGGUGAAACAAGAAUUUGGAAAAACUUGUGACUGGAUUAAAAAGCGACUGGGUGAUAAAGUUGCUAGUGUCCAAGUUUCUAAUCGUUUGAGCUCUUCACCAUGUGCUCUUGCAUCUGGUAAAUUCGGUUUUUCAGCUAAUAUGGAAAGGUUGAUGAAGGCACAAAAUUCUAGCGGUUCAAGUCCUCUUGAAUUCAUGAAAAGUAGAAGGGUGCUUGAGAUUAAUCCUGACCAUCUGAUUAUCAAAACUUUGCAUUCUGCGUACAAGAGUGGUUCAGAGGAUGAAGAAGUUCUUAGAGCUGUUGAUCUAUUAUAUGAUUCAGCACUAAUCUCCAGUGGUUUCACUCCUGAAAACCCUGCAGAAGUUAGUGGAAGACUAUAUGAUUUGUUGGGCGCAAGUUUAUCAGAAAAAUGGGGUUCAUCACUUGAUGCUCAGCAGCCACAGAAUCCUGAGAUAGUUGAAGCUGAGGUAGUCGAGCCAGUUGAAGCUGGUAAUCAGAAAUGAAGAGGACCAGACAGUUUGUAAAACUCUCUUAUCGAAAUAACAUAUUGAAUUAGAAAAUUGUCACUACACUGAAGCUAUGCUUGCAAUUGUGUAGAUGAUAGCUGGACAAUUUUGAGUGUUAUGAGAUUAUGACCUACUUGAAAGAUCUCAAUUAUAAUAUCGAAGUGUCUUCCUACAUACAUACUGAUCUAAUCGUAUGUGAAAUUUGUACUUUAUGCUACUUUUUCAUCAUAAAAAUAUAAGCGAUUUGUUCGGUUGUUA